CGUCAUUGGGCUUCCUCUCCGCCGCUCAGACCCGCCGCUGCUGCGUCUCCGCACACUUCCUGACCGAGCCACCGCUUCGUCUGCCGUCCUGAGCGGGGAGCCAACAUGAGGAGCAGAGAUCUGUGGGAGGGAACGUGAGGCUGGACUCCAGGAUGAACAUGACAUAAAACCGAGGACUGGAACCGGCUCCUUGUUUGUCUCUUUGUUUUUUGUUUGUUUUCGUUUGGUUUUUGUCGGACUUAAAGUUUAACACUACCGUGGAGGCGUCUGGCUGCUCCUUCACAUCUCUGAGAGUCCAGAGGAGUGUAAGGUCUGCAGAAAGUGUCGCUUAUCGCCUCUUUGUCCCCUUCAGGCAGCAGCGAACAUGAAAACACUGCAGAAAGCUCUACUCUGUGUUCAUUUAAGUUAAUUCUUGUAGCCUCCUUGUGCCAACAAGGUGUGUUUUGUUUUUUUGUCUCAUUCACAGCCAGAGGACGUGUUUUUUGUUAAUAAGUGUGUAAUUAUUUAAGUUUUUGUCGCUGCUCGCUCCUCGUCAGGCAGAUUUAAUGUAUUUUUAUACUUAUGCAACCUUUGUGAACAACUCUUUUUGUUUAGACGACUGAUUUUUGAACAUGUCGAAGCUGAUGGAUCAAACUGACCAGUUUCUGAACUUCACUGGAUAAAAAAACCUGAAGAAGUGGAUUUUUUUUUUCUGUUUUCAAAUGAAGACGAGCGGCCGGCGUGGACGGACGGUUCAGGUCGAGUCGAAGCGCUGCAGACGGGGAGGGGUUUCAGGGAUAAAGUUCUCACUCAGAGCUGCAGCUCCGUCCUGAUUUUCCACCACAUUUACAGACAGAAUAGAGAUCACCGCCGUCCGGCAGCAUGCGCUCUCCGUCCUCGCCGCCUCCGGCCGAAGCCCUCCUCCACAGCCAGUUUGCCAGCUGGGGCUCUGGCGGCGGCAACAACAACAACAACAGCUGCCCCAACAGCCCCGGCGGCCCCGGAGGAAUCUCACCGGCUGCCUCCCCGACGCCGGCCUCCAGCUACGCCCUGACCCUCACCCACACCCACAUCCACAUCCAGCGCCUGGCGCCCCGACCGGGGAAGGAGGCCCGGCUGCUGCUGCCCCUGUCGGAGCUGGUGGGCUGCAGCUGCCCCCGCUCGCCGGCGCCCCCUCUGCUGGUGCUGUACUGGUACCCGCCGGGGAAGCGACGGAAAGGCGUGUCCCGGCGGCGGCAGGUGAGGGCCUACCUGUCUGAGAGCCGGCCGGAGGCGGAGAGGUGGUCGGCCGCUGUGCAGUGUUUACUGAGGGGGGUGAGCGUCAGCGCCGACACCGAAUUUUCAAGAAGUCUGCUACCUCGUCCCAGGCGACUACUGUUAUUGGUCAAUCCCUUCAGUGGGCGGGGCCAAGCGAUUCAGUGGUGUUCGACCCACAUCCUGCCAAUGAUCCGAGAGGCCAACAUCAGCUACAACCUCAUCCAGACAGAACGUCAGAACCACGCCAGAGAGCUCAUCAGAGAGAUUUCUCUGCCGGAGUGGGACGGCAUCAUCAUCAUCUCUGGAGACGGUCUGCUGCAUGAGGUUAUUAAUGGGCUGAUGGAACGGCCGGACUGGGAACAAGCAAUAAAAACACCUGUCGGCAUUCUGCCCUGUGGCUCUGGGAAUGCACUGGCUGGAUCCAUCAACCACCACGCAGGGUAUGACAUGUGCCUUCGAGAGCCCCUCCUGUUGAACUGCUGCUUCCUGCUGUGUCGAGGCGGUGUUCGUCCCAUGGACCUGGUCUCCGUCACCACCAGCCCCUCCAGCAGCAGCCGGCCUUCAGCCCCCAGGAGGCUGUUCUCCUUCCUGUCGGUCGCCUGGGGCUUUGUGUCCGACGUCGACAUCGAGAGCGAGAGGUACCGAGGUCUGGGCUCGGCUCGCUUCACCUUAGGAACCCUGGUCCGGAUCGCCUCCCUCCGCUCCUACAAAGGCCGGCUUUCCUAUCUGCCCCCCAUGGUGGCCUCCUCUCCGGACACCACGCCCCCCCCCAGGAGGCCGCUGUCCCGCAGCAUCACCGAGGGUCUGGAGGGCUUCUGCAGGACGCCCAUCCACCGGACCUGCUCCGACAUGGGCAUCAGCGAGCAGAGGAGCCUCCGCCGGGGGGAGGGAGAGAGGGAGAAGGAGGAGAGGCAGAGGGAGAGGGAGAAGAGGAGGAGAGCCAGGGGAGGAGGAGGAGGAGCCGGGGUGGUGAGAGCCAGCAGCCUGGCUGAGGACCGGGAGAGAGAGGGGGAGCUGGAGGUGGAGAUGGAGGAGGAGAAGUCCGGGACCAGCUCCGAGUCCACCGAACGUGACGAGAGGAUGGAGAGGAUCCGGGACGAGGAGGAGGACCGGGGGAGGGAUGAGGACGGGGCUCUGCAGGCCAGAGAGCUGGGGGAGGAGGACCAGGAUAGGGACGGACAACUGAGGGAGCGCUCCCAGCUGGACCUGGGUCAGGAGGUCGACGAGGAGCCGGAGAACUUCCAGGAGGAGCCGCAGGAGAACCGGCGGAGGAAGAACUCGGCUCCGUCCAGCCAGAUCUCCAACGCUCUGUUCGUCCAGGAGGACUCUGGAGCUCCGUACGGCGUGGAGGACCUGAACGGAAGCUUCUACCAGAAGGACUCGUACCCGCUGGACGUGUCCCGGGAGCGCUCCCUCACCAUCUCCUCCCCCUUCAGACACUCCCCCUUCUCCUACAAGCCCCAGACCCUGGACCAGAACCAGAACCGGCCCAGACCGCUGUCGCUGCUGCAGCACUCCCACUCCAACUCUCUGCCCCCCAAGCUGCCGUCCCUGUCCCUGUCCCUGUCCCCGACGCCGCCCUCGUCCCCGUCCUGCGCCUCCCCCCACUCCUCGUCCUUCCUGGCCCCCCGUCCCAACACCCCCGGCUCCUCGUCUCCGUCCCCGUCCCUCCGGACCCCGUCCUCCUUCAGCUUCGACCUGGCUGAGCCUGCCGGGCCUCUGAAGAACCGUCCGUGGGUGGCGCUGCCCCCGGACCUGCCCCGGGACCACCUGCUGCCCCCCCUGGACCAGCCGCUGCCCACCAGGGACUGGGUCACCAUCGAGGGGGACUUCGUGCUGGUCCUGGCCUUGUACCAGAGCCACCUGGGGGCCGACCUGCACGCCGCCCCCCAGGCCCGCUUCGACGACGGGCUGAUCCACCUGACCUUCGUGCGUGCCGGGAUCUCCAGGGCGACGCUGCUGCGGCUGUUCUUCGCCAUGGAGAGAGGAACCCACCACUCGGUCAGCUCGCCCUACGUCAGCCACGUCUCCUGCCGGGCCUUCAGGCUGCAGCCGCUGUCGGCCCGCGGAACCCUGACCGUGGACGGGGAGCUGGUUCCGUACGGACCGCUGCAGGCCCAGGUCCAUCCCUCCAUGGCUCGGCUGAUCGUCGGAGACUCCGGGGUGAAGAUCACCAGGUUCUAAUCAGGGAUCGUCCACACAUCUACUGGAUCAUCUCAAAGGGUUUCUGAGGAUGAACUGAAGGGAUGAAGCACUGAGCCACGCCUGCAGGGAUGAGAGGAUGCUGCACAGAGAGCCUCGGAUGACCAAGAGGGAAGAACAAACGAAUGUUUAUGGUUUUUUUGUUGUUUUUCCGUGCGUAUAGUGCAUGCGUGGGAUGUGUACGUCGUAGAACGCAUGCAGAGAAAGCACUACCUGGUUUUUGCCUUACAGUGAGAUUAAACCCAGAGUUUAGAGUUGAACCUCCGUCCGUCCAGACACAGCUCCCUGAGGAACGCCUUACCUGACCCCAGACAGCAGCUGAACCUUCACCUUUCCUUUCUUAACCUCCUGUCAGACAGGAGAACAUCUCUGAGCAUGCUAGUCGGCUACACGCUAAAGUUAGCGACGCUUCUCAGUUUGUUUGAGCCGUUGAGCGGCGUCUCUGCAGAGUCUGUUUCUGUCAGCCAGUCGAUGUCUGAGAGCAGCUUUCUGCAGCCUGUUGAACAUGAAAUAAAAACGUCUGAACAAAAAUGACCUUUCCAGAAUCACAGCCUUAAACGGCGUGUUCGCAAGACGACUUUCUGAUGAGCGUCUGAAAAUGUCCCGUAUGCUGGGCGUUCAGCAGAGGUCAGGUGACCAAACGUAGAGGCUUUAUCUCCAAAACUCUUCAGCAAAAAGUAUUUCUGAAAGCAUCUGAGGCGAGAAAUAAGUCGUUUAGGACAAUUUUAAGUCCUUUUGUGGAUGUUUCAAAGCAUUUUAAACAAUUUUUACCUCAUUUAUGACACAUUUUCAGUUACUUUAGGGGAUUAGGGCAGUUUUUAAUUCAUUUUAGACACAUUUUCAGACAUUUUGGACAAACUUCGUGUCAUUUUGCACAAUUCUGAAUCCUUCAGGAAAAUUGUUAAGUUGCUUUCAAAUCAUUUUAAACUGUUUUAAAUCCAUUUAAGACAUGUUUUAAAUUACUUCAGGCAAUUUUGAGUCCGUUUCAACAAUUUUUGAAUCAUUUUGGGUCAUUUUGAGUCGUCUGGGUCAUUUGGGAUCAAACUUCAAAUUCUUCUAAACUGUUUUUACCUCUUUUAUGACACACUUCAAAUUGCUUUUUGCACAGGAUUCCAGUCAUUCUUGGCAAUUUUGAAUCAUUUUUGGCAGUUUGUCCAAAAUGACUCAAAAAUUGUUGAAAAUGACUUAAAAUGGCCUAAAGUAACUUAAAAUUUGUCAAAAAUGAGGCAAAAACAGUUUAGAAUGCUUUAAAAACUACUUAAAACUUGCCCUGAAGGACUCAAAAUUGGGCAAAAAGACUCAAAGCUUGUCCAAAAUGUCUUAAAACGUGUCUAAAGUGAAUUAAAAACUCCCAAAAGUGAUUCAGAAUUGCCCAGAAUGACUCCAGAUUGUCUAAAGCCUCUUACAAUGUGUCAUAAAUGAGGUAAAAACAGUUUAAACUGCUUUGAAAAAUGUCCCAAAUGUAUUAAAACUGUCCUAAACGACUCUUAGUUCUCGCCUCAAAUGCUUUCAGAAAUAAUUUUUACCAAAGUGUUUUCAAAAUAAAAGAGAAAAUUUGUGUCCAAGCUGCUGUUUUUUCAAGCUGACAGCGCGGUCACGUGACCUGUAGCGCCCCCGAUCGACCACCCAGCAUGUGUGAAAUUUUCAGACGUGGGAAAACGCAUCUCGUGGACGCGAACCUUUAUUCCUCGGCGGCGUUUUCGAAUCUUUCCAAGCCGAGGAGUUUAUUGUGCACAGAAACACGACACUAGAGUAGCUUUAAGUCGGAGACACUAGCAGACGUAGAAUAACAGACGGAUGCUAUCAUUCUGGGGGUAGGACUGUUUACACAAACACUGAUUAGAGGAGACAAAUAAAAAAUACUAAAUCUGAGAAUGUGUUGUGAUGAUAGAAACCUGCUGAUGUUCUGGGAUGGAUUAAAAUCUUUAGCAUGUGCAAUGUUUGAACCCGAUGUUGUGCCAGCGUUCCUCAUCCACUUACUGUAACGUCUCGGACAAAUCGAUGCCUUUGUAUGAUCAAAAAAUAAAGAAGUGAAGAAAUGAAAGCCUGGAAGUUCCGGCUUGUUGAUCAUGAACUGUUGAAACUGCAGGAAAUGGAGUUUUUUGUUUGUUUGUUUGUUUGUUUGCUCGUCUCCCACCGUCACACUGUGCUUCCAACAUGUUCAUCACCAAAUAGAAGAAGCUUCAUGUCACACUUUGUUUUCUGCCUAAAGGUUUGGUCUCCAUGUUGAAGAGAUGAGCUCCUGAACCGUAGCUGUAAUUAUUACUAAAAACUAUGAAGAUCUACACAGACAGUGUACACUUAAUAGUUCUAUAUGGUUUUCAAUAAAUGGAACACUUCAUACGUUUGUCUGGAGCAGAUUCA